CCAAAACAAAACCCCUCCAUAUUUUAACAUUUCCGUUCCAAAAAUUUCAAAACCCCAUUCUCAAGCCCUAAUUCCCCCCACCCAAAUGGACCCACACUUACCGGCGCCGGUGCGUUCACUCCCCUCCCACACGCCGUCGCCCUCCCACUCUGCCUCCGCCUCCGCCACCUCCUCCCUCCACAAACGCAAGCGCGCGUCCCCUCACGCGCCGCCCUUCACCUCCCCCUCCAACGACGACCUCGAGAGCAUCAGCGGCCGCACCUCCUCCUCCGACGAACAAGUCGUCGACGAAGACGAGGACGACUACGACGCCGCCAUCCGCACCUUCACUUCCUCGAGGCUGGAGAAACCUGGAAAUGCGAAGAACAAGACGGAGAAUCUCGCGAAAGUCGAGGCGAAGGAGAGCGGCGCGGGGUUGGUGGUGAAGGAGGAUAGCGUGAAGAGUAUUUUUACGGAGAAUAUUCAGACGAGUGGCGCGUAUAGCGCCAGAGAAGAGAAUUUGAAGCGUGAGGAGGAAGCAGGACAACUCACGAUUGCAUGUGUAAGAAAUGAUGGUAUUGACGACCACAUGGUUUGGUUAAUAGGAUUGAAGAAUAUCUUUGCCAGACAACUGCCAAAUAUGCCAAAGGAGUACAUUGUUCGUCUUGUAAUGGACAGAAGCCAUAAAUCUGUAAUGCUUGUCAGACGUAACACAGUAGUUGGUGGGAUAACAUACCGACCAUAUUUAAGCCAGAAGUUUGGCGAGAUAGCUUUUUGUGCAAUAACAUCCGAUGAACAAGUAAAGGGUUAUGGUACUAGAUUGAUGAAUCAUUUAAAGCAGCAUGCACGUGAUGUUGAUGGGUUGACACAUUUUCUGACUUAUGCUGACAAUAACGCUGUUGGAUAUUUUAAUAAACAGGGCUUUACUAAAGAAAUUUACUUGGAGCAAGAGCGCUGGCAUGGGUAUAUCAAAGAUUAUGACGGGGGGAUCCUUAUGGAGUGCAAAAUUGAUCCCAAGCUGCCAUACACUGAUUUGUCAACUAUGAUCCGACGUCAGAGGCAGGCAAUUGAUGAAAAGAUCCGUGAACUAUCAAAUUGUCACAUUGUCUACACUGGAAUUGAUUUUCAGAAGAAAGAAGCUGGUGUACCUAAAAAGCUCAUCAAAGUUGAGGAUAUUCCUGGUUUGAGAGAGGCUGGAUGGAGUCCUGAUCAGUGGGGUCAUUCUCGUUUUAAAACGGUGAAUGCUUCAGCUGACAGCACAGCUAAUCAAAAGUCAUUGACUAGCUUCAUGCGUACACUUCUUAAGGCAAUGUAUGACCAUCCUGAUGCUUGGCCGUUCAAGGAACCAGUUGAUUCACGUGAUGUGCCUGAUUAUUAUGACAUAAUAAGAGAUCCAAUGGAUUUAAAGACGAUGUCGAAGCGAGUCGAGUCAGAGCAAUACUACGUGACAUUCGAGAUGUUUGUUGCUGAUGCAAGGAGGAUGUUUUCCAAUGCACGAACAUACAAUUCUCCUGAAACCAUAUACUAUAAAUGUUCAACCAGGUUGGAAGCGCAUUUCUCCACAAAGGUUCAAACAGCUCUUCAGGCGUGUCUCAAAAUUCAACAGUAAUUCAAGGGAAGUUGUAGAUUUGACAAGGGGCUCGUAAUUUGUAUCAGUGCAGAAGUGAAUUUGUCACACUGUCCCUGCUAAUGCCCCAAGAAUGUUGUAUUAACAUACAUGUACUGUUUCUUUUCCUGAAUCUAACUUUAGUGGACUUCUAGUAA